CUUUUCAACAGGUAUCACACAGGACCGACAGUCUUCAAAAGCAAAAACUAUUUGAAGACGCCUCUGCACCAAGACAUUUUAGUGUCCCACAGCCUCACAUGCAGGACAUCUUCAUCUUUUGUUGGCCUGGAACAUCUCAGACCACAGCUGGUGCGCGUCCCACCGAACUCUUUUUCCCAAGCUCGGCGCAGAAUCACCCUGUUGCCCCUGCGGCCCCCUUUCGUAGCCUCCUCUUACCUUUUCUUUAAACAAUCCCUCCCUCUCAUCUUUUCUUUAAACAACCUUUCCCUUUCUCCAACAUGCUGCCCCACACACUCGCUAAAUGAAGUUAGUCCAGCACCCCCCUCCCCAUCCUCUUCUGCUCCCUACCAGACACACUCACAGAAUUGUUUGUUAAUAGUCCAAUUAGAUAAUUGCCAUCUUUCACUCCUUUUGCUCUCCGUUUCUCAUAAAGGACUGAAUGGCUUCGGUUGGGGGGGGAGUUCAGCAUGAAGAGGGCCUCUGGCCCUGCAAGGUGACAAGAAAGGUCCGAGCCUGUUCCCUGCUCGCAACCAUUGGCUUGAAUUGAAUCAUUGUAGCCUAAUCAAUGGUCUUAUUGGAUUACAGACCACUGCUGUUCCCCCAGAUAUUGUUGCGUUGACAAUGAAAAUAGGCGAGACUGAGUGGGUGGGUGUGUAGUGGUGUGGAAGGAAUGGAAGAGGGGUGGAGGAGGGGGGUCGCUUUGGGUGUUAGCGUUGGGAUCUCGGGCAGGUUGUUUUUUUUUAGUGGUGCUUUAACAGGUUUCUUGUAGGGUAAGGGGGCUGAGUGAUGGUAGCAUUGGGUUGGGGUUUGCAUUAGAGGUGCUGGGUAACUCAGAGUGGUUGUGCGCACUGUCCCCCGUUUGACAGAGUUCCCUUGUGUUCAUCUCUUUCUUUUGUCAAUCCGUGUUCAUUACCACUACAGAUUCCGAGCGAAGUGGAUUCCAUUUUUUUCGUAUUCCAGGUCUCUCCGCCUCCCUCAUUCUUUUUCUCUGUCUCUCUCUCUCUCUUUUUGCUCUCCACCGAUCUUUCCCUCUCUCUCUUUUCGCUCUUUGCUUGUGUUAGCGCCGAGGGUGCAGCGUGUGGUAUCGGGCCGUUAUCCGGGAGGAGAUUCGCCAGCCUGUUCGUAAAGUUAGCCCGACCAAACAUCUACAGCCUGAGAGCAGUGGAACGGCCAGGCAUUGAGGAAUCAAGUGGAACUUUUCUGGCGGUCCAUGAUUGCGCGUGGUGGCGAUUUGAGGCAAAUCAUCUCCCUUGAACCUUUGCGAACGAGGGCGGAGAGGGGGGUCGGAGUGAGUGGACCCCUCAAUCAGGACAAUGUGUAUUUCCCAAACAGUUUAGAGUAUUCAUGAGGUUACGCAAAUGUGGAGGCAGCAAAAUUACCGUAAUCAAUUGAAGCGGCGAGCAUGCGUCCGUCCACAGCUCUGAUUACCCGGAGAUCAGCCUGAUGUGAAUGCUACAAGGCGAGGAGCUGUUAAAUUGCUGUUGAAUUUGGGUGAGAAGUCUAUGAUCAUUGGGCAAGUGAGUCUGCACAGAGAUAAUAGGGCAGAUCAGUGGACCGGGCAAGUGCUGGUGGCACAUUAGCUAUCUGACUUCAACUCCAAGCUGCUGUUUUACAGAAAGACCAAACCUAUAUUACCCAGAAUAAGCAGUGUGUGUCCAGACCCGAAUAGUUAUUUCUUCCCAACAAGGAGAAAAAGAAGGCAAAAUCUUCAUAGAGGAUAAGAGACUAUGGAAGUCCACUACAGCCAAGACUCGGAGCCCGGAAUGUUGCUGAAGAAUGGACUAAAAGAGGGGAAAGAGGGAAAGGAUUCCCAGGGGAACAUUUCAAAAUCGUUCCUGAAGGACCAGCAGGAGUCCUUCUCUCCAUCCGGACCGGUGGAAAACUGCGAAAAGAGGAGGAGGAGGUGAUGAGGUGAUGAUUAUUGCUGGAGGAGGAUUGUUGUUGGUGAUGCCAAAGGUUCAAUUCGAGAGAUUAUUCUCCCUAAGGGUUUGGAUCUAGACCGACCAAAGCGUACUAGGACCUCGUUCACAGCAGAACAGCUGUACAGACUGGAGAUGGAGUUUCAGCGGUGCCAGUAUGUUGUGGGACGAGAGCGAACCGAACUUGCUCGACAACUUAACCUGUCUGAAACUCAGGUACACAAUCAAAUGCAAAUAUCCUUACACACAAAUACAAUUGCAUAUAAAUAAAACAAACAUUAUAUAUACUACUGAAAUAAACCAGUGCAAUAAAAACACAAAAAUAAUCACACAAAUGGACUCUCCCAAACUUAUUUAUCCUUGUGACGCAUGUCUGACGCAUUAUGAUAAAUAUCAUUGAAUGUAAUUAAAAUGUAUUAUUGAUGCUCUGUACAAUUGAAAAGACACCAAGCUACCUGGUAACAAGUUGUUCUGACUAUACGAUUUUGAUCUUUAUUUAAUUUGCAUUUUGAUCAUCCUGUGGCAUCCCUUCAGACCACUUAAAACAUC